CUCCCCGUGCCUGCAAUCGACCAUCUGGAUACAUUCCUCCUCCUCCUUCACGUCUGAUCGUUCUCCUCCCGCUGUGACAGCUGCCCAUCAUGAGUGGCCAGGCAUCCAGCUACUACAACGCCAACCAGAGCUUUGGCGACGCGCCUCAGCAACAGCCACCGCAACCACAUCCUCAAUACCAACAACCUCCCAUCCAUCCGGCCUACAACAACCAGAAUGGCGGCGAUUAUCAACGCGCACCUGAACCAAAGCCACCCCAGGGCCCGCCGCCCACCUACAACCAGGCUGUGUACGGCUUCGACGAGGCCUUCAAGGUCGAACGGCCCAAGUACAACGACAUCUGGGCAGGACUGCUGCUCAUCGCCGUCUUCCUUGGCUACGUCGCCGUCUCAGGCGUCGCCAUCCACCGAUACGCGAAAUACAAAGGGUUCAACGGCGGGGGCAUCUACGACUCGUCCAACGACUUCUCCCUGGACACCAACACCCUAGUCCUCUUCAUCUUCGUGCUCUGCGUCGCGCUAGCCUUCUCGUACGCCUACUUCCUCGGGGCACGCUACUUCUCCAAGCUCUUCAUCUGGGUCACCGGCAUCCUGAACAUCGUCUUCGCCCUCGCGACAGGCAUCUACUACAUCGCGCGCAAGCAAUACGGCGGCGGAAUCGUAUUCCUGAUCUUCGGAGUCUUCGCCAUCGUCUGCUUCAUCAGCUGGAUCCCCCGCAUCCCCUUCACCGCAUACAUGAUGGAAGUCUCGAUCGAUGUGUCGCGACGCUACGGCCACAUGUUCCUGGUCAGUACCAUCGGCGGCAUCGUGGCCGUGGCCUUCGGCGCCUGGUUCUCCGUCACGCUGGUCUCGAUCUACGUCGCCUUCGAGCCCGACUCCUCCGGCACCAACCCGUCCUGCGCCAACGGCUCCGGCGGCUGCAGCACCGCCCGCGUCAUCGGACUGGUCGUCUACGUCACCUUCGCGAUGUACUGGUUCAGCGAGUGGCUCAAGAACACCGUGCACACGACCAUCGCGGGCGUCUACGGCUCAUGGUACUUCUUCAACAACUCCCCCGACGGCCUGCCCAAGGGCGCCACCCGCGGGGCGUUCCGUCGCGCAAUGACCUACUCCUUCGGCAGCAUCAGCUUCGGCUCGCUCAUCAUCGCCAUCAUCAACAUGCUGCGUCAGGCCUGCUCCGUCGCCCAGCAGCAGGAAUCCGCCCAGGGCAACAUCGUCGGCUCCAUCAUGUUCUGGAUCCUGGGAUGCUUCAUCUCCCUCCUCGACUGGCUGGUCACCUUCUUCAACCGCUACGCCUUCUGCCACAUCGCCCUCUACGGUAAAGCCUAUAUCCCCUCCGCCAAGGAUACCUGGAAGAUGAUGAAGGAUCGCGGAGUCGAUGCCCUCGUCACCGAUUGUCUCGUCGGGCCGGUUCUGACCAUGGGCUCCGUGUUUGUAUCGUACGUCUGUGCGCUUCUGGCGUAUCUGUAUCUCCAGUUCACCAAACCCGGGUAUAAUAGCAACGGCGACUUCACGGCGGUUAUUAUGGCCUUUGCGUUCGUGAUUGGGCUGCAGAUCUGCCAGAUCUUUAUGACCCCUGUCGGGAGUGGCAUUGAGACUAUCUUUGCCGCUAUGGCUUGGGAUCCCCAGGUCUUGGUGAACGAUCAUCCUGAUAUGUAUUACCGCUUGGUGCAGUUGUAUCCAAAGGUGCAGCAGGCGAUUCAUGCGUAG